CCAACAAGCUAGUAUGAUACGUUGGUAUUAAUAGGCUGUUACACGGAUGGAGGGCAAUAAACGUGUACUUUUCUGACAACGGGGCCUUUAGUCCCAUGCGAGCACAAACUAUUUAUUCAGCAAAUAGUGGUUAGGGGUAGUGCUGGUUGCUUGAAUAUGAUCGCGUCAACGGUUACGCUACCAAUCCGCGCUUAUCGCCGUGAGGGCUGCAGAAAUGUCGAUAUGCAGGGUCUACGAUCAGUUUGGCAGGGUUUAAGUAUUGUUUUCGCGUUGCUUUUGUGCUCGGUGUCAUGUUCAUCUGCGGCGAACGGCUCAAUUGCCGUCGACGGGCGAGGCUUGCGACAUCCGAUCCCCUCGCACAUUAUGAAGUGGAACGACAAACUGGACGUCCAAAAAUGGCUAGACGCCGUUCGUGAGGAGAUCACAAAGAAGGGCACCGUGCCUAUCGACUCCAACUGCGACGCGCAGUUUGGGCAAGGCUACCUGGACAAGUGGAAGGCAGCGAAGAAGGAUGUGUGCAAGCCCGGCGGCAAGUCAACUUACAGCUGCUACGCGCACCCGCCCAGCAGUCGCGGCAACAAUGUUGGCAGCAUGUUCUGCACCGCCACCAACCUCAUACUCGACUCCGCCGACUUCAUCGGCGACAUCAUGACCAACCCAGCAGCGCGCUUCCCCAACCCCAAGAAGGGCUCCGCUCGCGUGGCCUGCUCCCUGCCGGACCCCCUUCCCUGGACUCGGCAGCAAGUGGCAGACCAGCACACAGACCGCUGGCUGUACGACGCGCUCACCGCAGCUCCCGCGGAUGAGGUGGAGGCCACGUGUUCGGAUCCCCGCCGUACCGUGCCGCACCCGGUUUACUUUAUGACGCGCAUGGACACCACCAAUGCGUUCCACCACUUUGAGGAGAUUGUCAACUUUUUUGCGGCGUUGUGGUUGUUCCCGGAUAAGCAGCUGCUGCAGCAGGGCAUCGCCGUCGUGAUGUUCGACGGCCACCCGCCCGGCUUCUACCUGGAGCUAUGGCGCCGCGCCGCCUACCCCUACCGCAUCCGCUUCCUGCGCUCGCGCCCCUACCCGCCCGGCACCUGCUUCAAACACGUGCUGCUUGCUUCCAUGCCGCAUCGCUCGCUCUACACGCACUUCUGGCCCGGUAUGCAGACCAGUUGCAGGUCCCUCGUGUUCUCCGCCGUGAUGGGUUGGGCGCACGCGCUGAUGGCGGACACGCGGCCCGAGAGCUACACCUGGCCGGACGGGCAGCACCGGCAGAACGAGGACACGGUGGUGGGGCGGGUGACCUGGGUGUCGCGGCGGCACUUCGAGGCGGCCAACAAGGGCCGCAUGAACAGCUGGCAGAUGCAGCGCAUGCUUAACAACGAGGACGCGGUGGUGCCCGCCCUCAGCGCCGCCGUCACGCAGUGGAACGCGCGCAGCUGCCUGCGCCAGCCGGGCGCGGCGGACUGCCGGCGGCUGCCCGUGUACUUUGAGUUCGGGACCAUGGAGCUGGGAGACCACCGCUGGUACCCGGAGCAGCUCUCCACCCUCUCCCGCACCAACGUGCUCAUGGCGGUGCACGGCGCGGGGGUGUUCAACGAGGUGUGGCUGCGGCCCGCCACCUCCUCGGUCAUCGAGGUGAUGCACAACGCGGGCGGCAACUACCACUACCGCAACAUCGCCGCCUUCCUGGGGCUGCCGUACAGCGACAUGGGCUCCGCGCACGACCCCGCGCAGCUGGCGGCCAAGCUGACGGAGGUGAUGGAUGAGACGGCGCGGCGCAUGGCGGCGGAGCACCAGCGGAAGAGGGCGGCGGAGAAGGCGGCAGCGGAGAGGGAUGCGUGAGUGGAGGCGGGGAGGGGUG